UUGGUUUUUCUUCAGCGCAGGACUAGAGUUGUCAGACUAGCGCACACUGAUUGUUUGUGAGAGCAGCAAGAGAGGAAUAGAGAUGGAGAGAAGGCUACGCAAGCGCUUCUGCUGUCUCUUAGCAUGCAUGCGGCUCAAAUCAGUUCACAGUUCGCGUUUGGUCGCCUAAUUACCUAAUUAUGGGCUGCGCCGCGUCCAGAACGCCAGUAGUGGCAGGUGACAGGUUGCGUGUGGACUGGAGCCCGAGGAGUUCCUGCUCUGACCUGGUGCUCUUGGGCAACACACGGACCAGUUUGGCGCACGGCCUGGGCGCAACAUUUGGGCGCUCGGACCGUUUCCUCAAGGUAAAUGUUGAGGACGGUAGCGACAUGUUACCCAAAUCCAGACGAGCUCUCACCAUUCAAGAGAUCGCAGCGCUGGCCAGGUCUUCACUCCACGGUUUCUCGCAGGUGGUCAAAGAUCAUGUGACGAAGCCCACGGCGAUGGCUCAGGGCCGCGUGGCUCACCUGAUCGAGUGGAAGGGCUGGUGUAAACCCAGCGACACACCCGUCGCCCUCGAGUCACACCUCACAUCGUACUCACAUCUGUCCGAGGGCGAGCAGGAGGCACGAUUCCGCUGCAGGUCAGUGACCGCUGUAGUGUAGGCAUGUGAAGGUAUUAAAGAGGGCAUCUGAAUGCAUUUGAGUGCACACACAUGCACGCACACAUGCACACACACACACACUCACAUAUAUGCACACAUGCACACACACACGCAC